UGACCCUUUUGGCUCGCCAUAAUGGCUCAACCAAUGGAUAUCGCCGCGAAACACAAGCACGUCCGUUUCGCUGCGAUGGAGGACGAAAAUGAUGAUCAGGGGGAUGACACACUGCUUGACAGGUGUAAAGACAAAGACAGAAGGCUUAACAUUGCGUUUAGCAACCUUAAGAGAAGUUCCAGAGCGGCGGGCCGAGAGUCUGCGGAGGAGAGCAGUGCCGGCGGAGGUCGCUGGCUCACUACCGCUGCUCUAUGCGCUUCUUUCUUAGGGCUGGGGAUGAGUAUUGCAGUUAUUGGUCCCACGUUUGAGGAUCUGGCUAUGAAUGUUCACAAAAACAUCAGCAACAUCUCAUACAUAUUUGCAGGCCGGUCUGCUGGGUACAUUGCUGGGUCCAUGCUGGGGGGCGCACUCUUGGACUGUAUGAACCCUUACCUGCUGCUAGGGCUGUCCAUGCUGCUGACAGCAUUAGGGAUGUGUGCAAUUCCACUAUGCCGACAGGCGCUGCUCCUUACCGGCUUCAUGGCGUGCAUUGGCAUCUCCAUGGGUAUCCUGGACACAGGUGGGAACGUGCUGGCACUGAGCACCUGGGGAGAGCAGGCAGGCCCCCACAUGCAGGCGCUUCACUUUAGUUUUGCAGCUGGAGCUUUGGUGUCACCAGUCAUUGCUCAGCUCUUGUUUGGGGGCUCUCGAAACACUAGUUCAGUGGCUAAAAAUGUCACAGCCCAAGUGCACAGCCCUGUGAAGGCUAUCCAGAGCUGGACCGCCUUGCGUUCCAUGUGGGCUUAUGUGGUCAUCGGUCUGUUUGUCUUCCUCUCAGCACUGCUUUUCUUUGGGAUGUACUGCUGCGCCACUGGAUCACGGGACAGAGCCCACUCGGUGUCGGAAAAACCCCAGGUGGCCAAAUACCACACAGCCAUUGUGGUCCUGCUCUUCUUAUUCUUUUUCGCCUAUGUGGGGGCAGAGGUAGCAUAUGGCUCCUUCAUAUUCACCUUUUCUAAAGAUCUAGUGCGACUGGAGGAAGCUGAGGCAGCUGGAAUCAACACUCUGUUCUGGGGGAGUUUUGCGGCAUGCCGUGGUCUGGCCAUUCUUCUUGCGUCAUGUUUGUUUCCUGGGACUCUCAUAACUCUUAGUCUGGUGAGCUGCUGCAUUUCCUCUCUGCUGCUUAGCUUGUUCCCUCUCCACAGAGCUGUGCUGUGGGCUGGCACUGGUCUGUAUGGUGCUUCUAUGGCAGCAGUUUUCCCCAGUGGACUGUCGUGGGUGGAGCAAUACACGCCUGUGACUGGACAUACAGCAGCUGUGCUGGUAGUUGGUGCUGCAUUGGGAGAAAUGGUGCUACCUGUUCUUCUGGGUUUCCUCAUGGGGCGAGUUAGCGGUGAGCCACUGUUAAUGUACCAAGCUCUAGCCUGUGCCAUCUUCUGCUCCAUCCUCUUCCCUGCAAUGUACCGGCUGGCUGUAGCCUCUGGAUCUCGCACCCAGGGUGAUGAUGGGGACAAGGAGUUUUACCAAGCACUGUUGCAGCCCGAGCCUGAGGACUUUGAGGUUUUUGAGAUGGACACUUCUCUGAGCUCUCCAAACUGGGAUGACCACAGAGAAUGACACCAAAGAGACAGCUUGGACAGAUGGAGCAAAGGAGAAAUUGAACCCAAAGAGCAGAUUGAAUGUUUGCCUUGUGAAUUUUAAAUUCCCAGCUCCUGUCUUGUACUCAAAUUCUGUAUUCUCUAAACAUCGGUAUGGAGAGCCUCUUGGAGUACACAGGGCCACACACACUUCACAUUGGUAAAGUUUUUGGAAUUGUGUAAUAAUUCAUUUACAAUGACUUAAGAGAAAACUUAAUUUUAUCUGGUGAGAAUAGUUUUAGAAAUCCAUCUUUCAUGAUUGGAUCAUCAGCUUAGGGUCUCAUGUCUAGGUGUCUCUUCUGCUUGAAAUACUAAUUAAAUGUAUAUAAAACAAUUCUGUCCUUAAA